GGGGAUCCGUCUCGUCACGGAUCAUAACCAAAACCCUCAGCGGACAAAAUAACGGAGUAAAACGACAGGCUUUUUCAACACUAGGAUUUUGACAUUGACAGCGAGGACACCUUAAAGCCGAAAUCAUAUACAGGUUUGGAGUCAUGACUUUAAACAAAGAAGACAAGCUGAGAAACAUGGACAAGAGAAGAGGCAGCAUGCCGUUUCCCGUCCACCUGCAGAACCUGCACAGGAGAAGCAUGCCGGUGGAUGACCGGGAACUGCACGCGACGAUGCCCGCUGCUCAAACGGGCGAGCUCUCCCGCCUCAUGUGCUUCAAUCCUGGUGAGGAGAACAUGAACAGCUGCGUGUCCGAUUCCUCCGACUCCGUCAUCUCAUCCGGCAGUGAUUCAGAGGGACAGGUCUACAAGGUGGUGCUCUUAGGUGAACAAGGCGUGGGGAAGUCCAGUUUGGCGAGAAUAUUUGGCGGAGUUGAAGAUAAUAACGAUUGUGAGGAAACAGGAAACACCUAUGACAGAUCACUUGUUGUCGAUGACGAGGAGACAUCAAUUCUUCUGUAUGACAUAUGGGAACAGGAUAACAGCCAGUGGCUUAAAGACCAAUGUAUGCGAAUGGGUGAUGCCUACAUCAUAGUGUACUCCGUGACAGACAAGUCCAGCUUUGAGAAGGCAUCAGAGCUGCGAAUCCAGCUGCGCAGAGCUCGACAGUCUGAGAACAUCCCCAUCAUCCUGGUGGGAAACAAGAGUGACCUAGUGCGCUCCAGAGAAGUGUCAAAAGAUGAGGGCAGUGCAUGCGCCGUAGUGUUUGACUGCAAGUUCAUUGAGACCUCAGCCUCCUUGCAUCACAAUGUCAGCGACCUCUUUGAGGGCAUUGUGCGGCAAAUACGCCUACGCAAAGACAGCAAGGAAGAGAAUGCCCGACGCAUGGCCAACUGCAAGCGACGUGAGAGCAUGAGCAAGAAAGCCAAACGUUUCUUGGGCCGCAUGGUGGCCCGGAAAAACAAGAAGAUGGCUUUUAGACAGAAGUCCAAAUCCUGUCAUGACCUGUCUGUGCUCUGAAAAACUGGAGUGAUAUGCUCUCUCAAACCUAAGACCAGAAGCUGUGUGAUUUUAUUACUAUUAUAAGGACUGAAUAGCCGUACAGAAAAAUAUGAACAUGUUUUUUAAACUGAAUGAGAGAUUAUAAAAAAGCUGUCAAAUUCAUGUUGAUUUUCCGGCAUGAAGCUUUUAAAGGUUACGUUUUAUUUUAUUUUUGUUUAGUGUGUUUUGCUGCCUUAACAUGUAUAUUUGUCCAUUUUAAUGAAUGUAAAUAUGAGGUAAAUCCACAAAACAUAAUGUUCCCUUUUGAGGUGAUGUUUGCUCGGAGGCAAACAAAAUCUUUUCCUAUUUUGUGUUUUAUCGCUGUACUGAUUAUCAGAUGUGGAAUGCACCCUCACGUGUGCAUGUCCAGGAGAUGAGCACAAAUCAUUUUCUGGCUUAUGUGACAUUAUAUCAAAAGUUACUUGAAACUGAGUACGCAGGUUCGUAACUCAGCCAAGACAUAAAACUAGAAGGCUUGGGGUUGUCGUGGGUGGGGCAAGAGGCAAUAAAAUAAGAUGUUUCAAUAUAAGAAAUCUGACAUGCUCAGCUACUCUGACAAAUGCUCCUUGUGAAGAUGACAGAAGCAAUAAAUAAUGUGUUGUGAGCUGUUUUGAAAAAUGUUUGAUUUGCACUUAAUGCCAUUUAAUAUUAUUGAGUUGUUCAUUUUGUUACAUGUUUACAUUGGUUUUAUAAUAAAAUUCUGAUUAUGGUAAAAC